CAGAACCGUGGAAGACUCGGGGGAAACCCGGAGGCGGGCGGCGAGCCCCCAGCGCUGGCGGGGGCGGGUUCCGACAGCCCCGGGCACCGCGGCCUCCAGGCUGCCCAUCCCGGCUCGGAUUGUGAGACCAGACCUGAGAACCAAUUGUGGAUGCCCAAAGAGGAAAGUAAUGAGGCCCUGGAAUCUCAGGAGCUAACACUUAAGCGAGUCAUUGGGAGUGAACCUGGAGAAGCAUGCAGUUCAGAGAGAUAUCAGGGAAACUCUGAAGGGGAGAGGCUGAGAAAAUCUCUUUUCCAGGAGAGAACUUUACGACAGGAAACAGUCAUCCAUAAAAUAGGCCACUGUGGAGAAAGAAGCCAAGUGUGUGAUAAAUUUGGGCAAAGCUUCAUUUUGAACUCGAGCUCUGCUUCCCUUCAGAGAGUUCUAACAGGGGAAAGAUCUCAUCAGUGUGGUGACUGCAGCCAAAGCUUCAAACAACAAGCAGAUUUGACUCCACAUUACAAAACCCAUAUAUCAGAGAAACUUCUGUUAGGAGCUGCAUGGAGAGAGUCACUCUUUGAUAAUGCAGACCUUCCCAGUGUCCAGAAAACAGGCCCUGUAUGGAAACCUUUUGAAUGUCUUGAAUGUGGAAGGACUUUCAGCCGAAGUGCCACGCUUAUGGAACAUCACAGCAUCCACACAGGAGAGAAGCCCUAUGAAUGCAGAGCCUGUGGGAAGGCCUUUAGCCACAGCUCAACCCUCAUACAACAUCAGAGAAUUCACACUGGUGAGAAGCCUUAUGAAUGUCAUGAAUGUGGGAAAGCCUUUAGCCGAAGUUCUAAUCUCAUGGAACAUCAUAAAACUCACACUAAAGAGAAACCUUAUGAAUGCAGUGAAUGUGGCAAAGCCUUCAGCCGAAGCUCAAAUCUGAUAGAUCAUCAGAGAAUCCACACUGGGGAGAAACCUCAUGAGUGCACUGAAUGUGGGAAAGUUUUCAGCCACAGCUCAACACUAAUUCAGCAUCAGAGAAUUCACACUGGAGAGAAGCCCUACAAAUGUAGUGGAUGUGGGAAAGCCUUCAGUAGGAGCUCGUCCCUUAUUCAACACCAGAGAAUUCAUACUGGAGAGAAACCCUAUGUGUGUAACACUUGUGGAAAAGCCUUCAACCAGCGAUCAGGCCUCCUUCAGCAUCAGAGAACACACAGUCAGAAGUAACCGUCUGGCUUUUGAAGAAAACUUAGCCCCACUGCUCCUAAAAUCCAGUGAAUCUACAGGUAAAAUUUACUUCCAGAAGAUGAAAGCUCCUUACAGGACACCCGUCCAUCUACCAAGAGCCUCCAUAAGUGCCAAUUUAAUGAAAGGUUAAAUAUACAAACAGCUCUUACAGUAUAACAGGUGAUCUCUGAGAGACUGAAUAUAGGCUCUGAAGUCAGAGCCUGGAGUCCAAUCUAGCAACUGACUCUGGUAAAUGA